AUGACGCAGGUCGACGCUCUUGCCGUUGCCAUGGCGGCUACUGCUGUGCAUAGCGCAGAUGACGCGACCGAAGCACCGACCGUGAAUGCGUCCAGUCUCCAGCCGACCAAGCCUUCCUUUGCUUCCGCACUUCGAUCCGGACAAAGCAUGCCUUCAUCCAUCCUCACGAAAGACGAUACUGCCCCAUCUGCAAGUUCAUCGUCAUCGGCGAGACCACCAGCUUCGGUCGACCUCCCCUCACAAGCUCCUUUAGCACCAGUAGCAACCGUAGCAACUUCGACAUCUCCUUGCGAGCUGGCCCCAGUCGAUGACAUUAUCCUGCAGGCCAUCCGAAAGCGAGACGACCGCAUCUUUUUCAGUCAGUACGAAAACCAGAUGGCUGCCCUCGUGCGUGACCCCACACGCACCUUGCUGGAGCUUGGAGCCAUGAAUGCAUACCAGCGCCUGCUUAUUCAUCGAUGCGCCGACCAGUUUCGACUCGAGCAUCGACUCGAUCGUGCCACCAACGGCAUCACCCUCUCCAAAACCGCUGCCACCUCGCAGCCUUCCGCACUUCUCUCCGUUCGAGCUCGUGAGUAUUUUGUGCAGCGCGACGGCAUCGAUCCUGUCAAUGUGCACCCUGACAUCGCCAACCCAGCCGCUGCCUCGAUGCCAGGGGCAACCAACGCAAAUUCUCCUAGCUCGUCCGCCUCGCCGUCCUGCCCAGCAUCACCAGCUCCUUCGCCGGCCGCGAUCCAGUCACUAUCCGCGAACGCACCCAAACCAGGCUUUAAGAUCAUGCGUAGAGAUCCGUCCAAGAGUCGCCAUUCUCCUCUACGCUCCACCGACGAUGAUAGCAACGACCCUGACAAAGUUGCUGCCAAGGCGCGCAAAGAUAUGACGCUCGAGGAACGAGAGGCCUCGUACAGGGCUGCUCGUGCACGCAUCUUUGGCGAUUUGGUUACCAACAACAGCUCAGGCUCCGCCUCGCCGACGUCUUCUACACCACCGCUCGACCCAUGCAAAGCGAUCGACCACGUCACAGACGCUGCCUCGUCCUCGCGCGACACCAAAGCUUCCCCGUCGAGUUCGGUCGCUUCCAGCCUCGCUGCUUCACCAGUAGCUGGACGCUCGGCCUCUCGCAGCAAGAAGGGAUCGUCCUCCGGCUCUUCAGUUACGACUCAGGACAGCUCAACACAAAAAGGCCGCGCCAAACCAAGAGGCAAGGCGGCGGCUCCGCAUUCUGCCAAGGACUUGAAGAACGACGAUUUUGAAUUCAGCCGUGCGCUGCCCAUCUCGCCACACUUGGCUGCAUCUCCAGCAUUCGGUGCUCAUCAGCAGUCGAGCCCACUGGCUCUUUCCGGUCACAUUGCCCACGCCUACUUUCCCGCGAUGCAACAGUCGCAUUCGAAUCCGGAUCUGAGGUCCAGAGCUCUCGCAUUGCAUCCGCAGGGCAGCAACACGCCGGCUUAUUCGCAUGGUGGUGGCCUCAGGCAUCCCGUCGACGCGGCCACGCAGCCGCAGUACAAUGGCCUAGCGCAAUCGCAGCGUCUUUGGACUCAAAUCGACGAGGCUGUACCGACCGAAGCAUCCCCGGCCUUGGGCAACACUGUUUCGGAUGCAAAUCAGAGGCACACACAGACGCAGGGUGGUGGUGGUGGUGGUGGUGGUGGUACAUGGAAUCGAUCUCAUUCCAACGGGAUUGUAGCGCCAGCAGCAGCUGGACAGGAGCACCACAUGCACGGGGUUGGUGCUUGGGCACAGCAGGUUCAUAACAACGCAGCUCUACGACAGCCGCAGCAGCACAAUCAAGCGUACCUGACAUACCCGCAUCAGCAGCUGCAGCCACAGCAACAGUAUUUCCAACCAGCAUACCAUGCGUAUCCGCAAGGCCAGCCCUGUUACCCAAUACACCUUCCUCCUAUGGGACAGCAGCAAUUGCACGCAUACGCACACAGCAACUUCACCGCCCCGAGGAGUGCAACCAGCAGUCGCGCGAGUUCGCAGCCGGGUGGCGGCGCACAAGCAGCCAGAGACGAUGCUGCCAGCGUGGGUUCGGCGACGGCUUCCUCUCGCUCGGCUAGUUUCAGCGGCGUGAGUGGAGCAGGCAGCACCGGUGCUACUCAACUGCAGGCGAAUGGGGUUGGCAGCAAGAGCAACAGCAGCAGCGGAGGUAAUAGCAAGCCGAUCGCAGCGCUCUCGCAUCCCUCUUUGCCAGCUCGUCCGGCUUGGCUGUCAAGUACGGGGAACGCUGCCUCUCCAGCUGAUUCAGGCGCACAAGGCAACGAUUAG